AUGCCAAGAAGCACAGUCAGAACACUGUACUAUAUCAUAGCGCAGGUACCCCCAGAGUACGUGCGACUCUGCACAGUAUGCACAGUCUCCAGCUCUUCCCCCGCAAGGGUCCAGUCUCGGGUACCGGUACUUGGCGGCCAUGAUUUGAAGAGCGAGCUCGCGUCGCCAACGACGACCCUUGUGGGACCAGGAAGCAAGAUUUUCUAG